AUGAAGAAAGAGAUAGAUGCUAUUCGUUCUAAAGACGUCUCUCAAGGUAGAUUGACUCAAGGGCAACAAACUCAGAUCUCGCGAAAUGAACAAAGAACAGAACAGAUUCUGGAUGAGCUUGAAAAUUUGGAAGAGACGCUGAAUGAGAGUUUGGAAGACACUCAAACGGCUGAUGUGCUUCCAAGCUUGGAAGAACAGGAAGUGCGUCAACUGUACCCAAAAGGCCCAAAUAUUGAUUUUAAGAAGGAAUUGAGGUCCCUUAACAGAGAAUUGCAGCUGCACAUUUUUGAACUUGCUGAUAUUCUUGUGGAGAGACCAUCACAAUAUGCAAGGAGAGUGGAAGAAAUAUCUCUUAUAUUCCAGAACUUGCAUCAUCGUCUGAACUCAUUGCGGCCCCAUCAGGCUAGGGUAACACUAAUUCACAUUCUAGAACUUCAGACAAAACGACAUAAACAAGCUGUUGAGGAUAUACAGAGGUUUACUUGUAGCUGGUGGUGUGAUAAACCCUUUUGCAAAGACUUAUUUUUGUUCCCCACAGUCUGUAUGCAACCUGCCUUACUUCAGAACUUUGCUUAUUGAUCUCAAGGUGUCAUUUGAGUUGGUGCCAACAGGUGACAUGUUUCUUUAACAAACUUUUUUCUUGAAAGUGUUCCUGUCGAUAUAUGGAGCCACCAACAGUUGGACACUGGUGCAUCUCUUAUGUUGAAAUAGGGAGUGCUCAUGUAUGUUCCUACUCAAUGGUCAGAGCACCUUAAACAGUUUCAUCUAAUACCUUUAGGGAGGGUCAUGGAAUCCCACUGGUCAAAGUUUCUCGGACAGACAGUUGCAUCUAGUACCUUCAUGCUUUUAUAGGAAAGUAGUCCAUCUAGCUGUUAUUGAAUGGUAUCCAAGCAUUAAUUCAGAUGGCAUGGAUAGAUGGAGGAUAGAUUAGAUUAAUUUCAAGUGUCAUAGUAGUAUUCUGUUCUAUCACUCUGAAACUUUUACUUAUCUAAUAUCAAUUGCAGUGAAUUCUGACAAACUCAACCCAUUAGUUACACUCAACCCUACUGCAAAAAUGUUAUCAUUUUGUGAUAAGGCAGUACGUGUUGGUUUUUGGUAUGUUUGAUAGACUAUUGACAUUAAAUGGAGUCCACCUUAAUAUGGUGGGGUGACUUGGUGUUGUCCAUUUUGCGUCCAUUGUAACAUUGUAACACAGACCUAGGUACUACUAAUCCAUCAUCAUUGACCAAAUCAAGGAAAUGGUUGAGGAGAAAGAGGGAAUUCCUCCAGUGCAACAAAGGCUGAUUUAUACUGGCAAGCAGCUUGGAGUUGACAAAACUGCAAAAGACUACAACAUUGAGGGUGGCUUUGUCCUUCAUUUAGUGCUCGCACUACGUGGUGGUAGUCUAUAAAUUGUAUUGUAGUAUUGUAUCUAUUGAUCGGUUCAGGCAAGCUCUUUGUAGAGGCUUUAUCGAGCCGUGAUACUGUAAAACAUUUGAGCUGCAUUACAUGGCAGAAAACUUGUUCUAAGCGGGUUACUGUGGACAUAGAUAUUGGUGUUUUACUGUUCUGCUCUGUUAUGUUCACAGUCAAUGCCCUCCUGGUUUUACUGUAUACACGUUUAGCUUCACUUGGGCAAAAAUUUUAUCAAUCCUGAUUACAGUUA